GCUGAGAGAAGAAAAAGCAAACCAGGGAGCAGACUGCGUCUACAGCAACUUGUAACGGUUUAAAAUGCCAGGUAGCAACACAUCACCUAUCCACUUGGAUCUGUACAAGAGCCCAGAGAACAGAACCUGUGGCUGGUAUCUAUCAUUAAUGGCUCCUAAUGAAAAAGGACCAAGCUACGCUUGGCUGGACCCAUCCAGACUUUACUGCCACCAGCAGGCCCUGCAGGAUUGCAUUGAAGAUCUUCUACAACCCUUUAAGAAUGACCAGAUAGAUCUUGUUGCUGGGAUUGAUGCCAUGGGAUUCAUCCUAGGAGCUGCUAUCGCCUCACAUUUGGGGAAAGGUUUUUUAGCCAUCAGGAAAGCUGGCCACCUAUGUGUCAAGACAAAUAGCCAGACAUAUGUUGACUACUCUGGAAAGGAAAAAAACAUGGAGAUCCGGACUGAUGCCAUUAAGCCAGGUGUGCGCAUCUUGUUAGUGGAUCAGUGGAUUGAGACAGGAGGAACUAUGAGAGCUGCUAUUAAACUGGUGGAAGAUCAAGGUGGGAUUGUUGCAGGAGUUGCUACCAUCUGUAUUGAGGACAGUGAUGGAGGCAAAUGGGUGAGAGAAAACUACAAAUGUUCUGACUGUGUUCCUGAUGACAUAAGAAGCCAGUUUAACAGACAUUUCUUGGAGAGCUUUCAUGCCUUCGAAAAACAGCAGAAAAGUUAGGACAUUACCAUAGUGUAUCUGCAUUCAUCGGAAUGAGGUAGUUCCAUCUCUAUUCCAGUAACGUCUUAUUGAAAGCCUGAAUAAGUAGUUACCAUACAACAGCAUUAUGAUGCAGAAACUGUGAUGUGAGUGCGCCUCCAUGAGAUGCAGGUCAGAAGUGCAUCAGAGACUGUAAGAUUGUCCUGGUGUCUUCAUUUACAGCUGGAACUCACAGCACCUCCGCAUUGCAAGAAGAAGAAAGUAGUAAUAUUUCUUAAUUUUUUUUCCCACUGUUUCAAGACUGUGAACUAUUUGUAGAGAUUAAUCCGCCUGGAAAAUAAAUUCUCUAUUGGAUAUUUUACCUGCCUAAUACUGAAAUAAAGCAAACACCAGACAUCUGCCUGUCAGUGUACAUUUCAUGUAAGCUUUAACAAGCUGUUUAACUAAACAAAUGAAGGUGUUCUUUGGUGGGAUCUGCAUAUAUGUGGGCAGAUUUACUAAUCCUGACUAAAAUGCAGAGAGUGUAAACUUAAACAGGCAGUUUAACGAUCCGCUAGACUUAUCACAGUGGCUGGUGCUGGAUGAUAAAUUUGGUUCAUGACUAGACACGUUGGUCGGCUUAUUUUGCGCUUAAAUUAUGAUGCAAUUUUGGUGCACAUUUUUACAUAUUAAGCCACACCCCCUUUCUGCUAGGCCAGACUCUUUCCCCAAUUAAGCCACACCCUCUUAUUGAGCAAGAUGCGGUGCAUUAUUCUUUUUGAUGCAUUUACUUCAUAAACUGAACAUUAUGGGGCACAUUUAUUGAGCCCAGCAUUUAAGCCGGCAGUCUUAAUACAGCCUUAAGCUGGCGGUGUAUCCGCUGCAGUUAUGAAGAGGUGCAGGCCUCUGAAUAACUUCGGCGUAUACAGCACCAGUUCUAAAUGUAAAACAGCUUGCGAGCUGUCUUACAUUUAGACCUUUUUCUAUGCCUAAAACAGGCGUAGAAAAUGGUAAAUGAGACGGGCCUCCUGGCCUGUCCUCUUCUCGCCCAUGCCACGCCCAGAAUUUUAGACCAGAAAGGCCAGACGCUGGAGGUAGGCCUGCAUGAGGGGUUUUGGGCUCCGGGGCCGAGGAGUGGCUAGGAAGGGUUAGGAUAGUGAGGAGGCGGAGUGGCGCAGGGUAGGGGCGGAGCCAACUGACCGGCGCCAUUUCGGGAGAAGAGGAGCAUGAGAGCGGACAUCUCCCUCCCACCCGCCCUGUUUUUGGGUGUUCUGUGGGGAGGAUGAUGGUGGUGAGUGAUGUCGCGGCAGUCGUGGUGGGGAAAGGUCAUAGAAGCUGGUGGUCUUGAAUGGUGUGGAAAAUGGGAGGGCCCCCAGGAGGGGGGGCUGGACUCUCAUAGUUGGGGCAUUUUUAGGUUCUUUCAGAGAAGCGUCCGUCAGUUAGUGUCUCCGAGCUGGAGUUUUGCGGCUGGAGGCAAGAUGGA